UGCAGCCGAGCCACUCAGCACAGCGACAGAGAGAGUCAGGAGGAGAGAAGGGGCAGGUGCGAGGCAGCAGCCCUCGCUGGGAGCGGGGAGAGGAGGACCCCUCCUGCAGGACUCCAGCUACGUCUGGAAGGAGCCCGAGGCAUCCUUGUCAAUUUUCAUUCUCAGGACCAAGCCCGUGUGCCGUGCCAUGCAGUGAGAAACAGCUUUGCGCGAAGAGGGAUUUUCCCUUCCCAGAUGCACUCCUCACCAGCCAGGUAAAGUCACACAGAUGCUCCCAGGGGAACAGAGCUGCUGAAUGACUGUGUGCGAGGCAGAAGUGAGCUGCCUAAAAAGAAUCUCAUCGAGGCCAUUUGAGAGCAUCUGCACUCAGGACUCAAGGCCACACUCGGACCCUUGCUGGGCCCGUGGACUGUGCUCGUGUCCUGCUCACCGGCGGACGCCUGUGCUCAGGACCCUUGAGGCAGGGCCCAGCGUGAGGGGCGGGAGGAGGCCCAGCAUGGGUUUCCAGGCACCAGGGCCGCUCAGUCCUUGGCAGUGGCUGUUGCUGCUAGUGGCCCUCAAGGGUUCCAAAGCAACGUCUGAUUUGAACAAACCCACGGAUUCCAUGGCCCAGCAGGAGCCUGGGGCUGGGUUUGCUGCUUCGGGCCCGGCUCUGGGUGAGAUCACUGUCUUUGCACUGGACUAUGACUACGUGCAAGUCCCCUAUGAAGUCACCCUCUGGAUCCUUCUAGCUUCCCUCGCAAAAAUAGGCUUCCACCUCCACCACCGGCUGCCAGGCCUCAUGCCGGAAAGCUGCCUGCUCAUCAUUGUGGGGGCUCUGGUGGGGGCCAUCAUUUUUGGCACCGACCACAAAUCGCCUCCGGUCAUGGACUCCAACAUCUAUUUCCUGUACCUCCUCCCUCCCAUUGUCCUGGAGAGCGGCUACUUCAUGCCCACUCGGCCCUUCUUUGAGAAUAUUGGCUCCAUCCUGUGGUGGGCAGGCCUGGGGGCCCUGGUCAACGCCAUGGGCAUCGGCCUCUCCCUCUACCUCAUCUGCCAGAUCAAGGCCUUUGGCCUCAGCGAUGUCAACCUGCUUCAGAACCUGCUGUUCGGCAGCCUGAUCUCCGCCGUGGACCCGGUGGCCGUGCUGGCUGUGUUCGAGGAGGCGCGCGUGAACGAGCCGCUGUACAUGAUGAUCUUCGGGGAGGCCCUCCUCAAUGACGGCAUCAGUGUGGUCUUAUACAAUAUACUAAUCGCCUUCACAAAGAUGCACAAGUUCGAAAGCAUAGAGCCUGUCGACAUUUUGGCUGGAUGUGCCCGAUUCAUUAUUGUGGGGCUUGGGGGAGUCUUUUUCGGCAUUGUUUUUGGAUUCGUUUCUGCGUUUAUCACACGUUUCACUCAGAAUAUCUCUGCAAUUGAGCCGCUCAUCGUCUUCAUGUUCAGCUAUUUGUCUUACUUAUCGGCUGAGACCCUCUACCUCUCAGGCAUCCUGGCCAUCACGGCCUGUGCGGUGACCAUGAAAAAGUAUGUGGAAGAGAACGUGUCCCAGACGUGGAACUGGGCCUUCGUGGGCUUCACGCUGGCCUUCUGCCUGGUCUGGAGAGCCAUCAGCGUGUUUGCUCUCUUCUAUGUCAGUAACCGGUUCCGGACCUUCCCCUUCUCCAUCAAGGACCAGUGCAUCAUUUUCUACAGCGGCGUUCGAGGAGCUGGCAGCUUUUCGCUGGCAUUUCUGCUGCCUCUGUCUCUUUUCCCUAGGAAGAAAAUGUUUGUCACGGCUACUUUAGUAGUUAUAUAUUUUACUGUGUUUAUUCAGGGAAUCACAAUUGGCCCUCUGGUCAGAUAUCUGGAUGUUAAAAAAACCAAUAAAAAAGAAUCCAUCAAUGAAGAGCUUCACAUCCGUCUGAUGGAUCACUUGAAGGCGGGAAUUGAAGAUGUGUGUGGGCAAUGGAGCCACUACCAAGUGCGAGACAAGUUUAAGAAGUUUGAUCACAAAUAUUUACGGAAAAUCCUAAUCAGAAAGAACCUGCCGAGGUCCAGCAUCGUUUCCUUGUACAAGAAGCUGGAAAUGAAGCAAGUCCUUGAGAUGGCGGAGACCGGGGCCCUGAGUGCCACAGCCUUCUCCAGGCCCCACCAGGCCCAGCAGACACAGGGAACCAAGAGGCUUUCCCCUGAAGACGUGGCGUCCAUGAGGGACCUUCUGAUGCACAACAUGUACCAAGUGCGGCAGAGGACACCGUCCUAUAACAAAUACAGCCUCAAACCCCGAGCAGCUGAGAAGCAGGCUAAAGAGAUCCUGACCCGCCGCCAGAACACCUUACGCGAGAGUAUGAGGAAAGGCCACAGCCUGCCGUGGGGAAAGCCGGCCGGUGCCAAAAACAUCCGCUACCUCUAUGUGGACAGCAGUGAUUCGGAACUCUCCUUCAUCAUGUUCAACGCACACUCUCCAACACGGUCGCUUCAGGAGAGACCACGGACACAACAAAUAACCACAAGGAAGAGUUUAAACAGAGGAGGGAAGCCGUCCGGCUCUGGCUAUCAAACAAGUCCAAGCCAAGAAGAGCAUGUUGGCCGGAGCAAAAGGGCUUUGAGGCCCAAACCGCUGUUUCACACUGUGGAUGAGGAGCGUGGAUCUGGAGAAGAGAGUGGGGAAGAGGCCUCAGCCCCGGGCACCAGAGGGUCGGCUGAGCACAGGAGGGAGCGCCGCAGGUCUUGCAGCCCUUUGCUCCGAAAGAAAUAGUCGUGUUGCACACAGGGUGCUCGCGUGCUUCGCCCAAGCCAUCUCCCUGUUGUGUGGGUGGAGGGUUUUCAGAAUUCUGAAGAAAGCUACUGAGUUUGCUUUUCUGAAGCUGUGAGUCAGGCAUCUGUAAGAGGCAGGGCGUUUCUGAGGACGGGAGCACUAACUUGCAGGCGGUGUCAUAUUCUUAGCUGGUAUACUUUGUAGAUGCUUUCCUGUGAGUCAAAGACCUUUAUCACCCCAGAAAUUAUUCACUAAGAAUUUCUAAGAGUGUGUGAUCCAUUUAAUUUAUUGAGAUGCAAUGCUUCACAAUAUGCACGUACAACUUACAGUCAAGGUAGCCCUCAGAGGAGCCCUAGAAAUAUUCUGACCCAACUCCGUGAGGUUACAAAUGAGGACAUCUUGCCCAAGGUCAUGUGGUGAGUUGCUGCUUCACAAGCUAAUUGACCUCCCUUCCAGGAGAAUGCAUUUGAUUUUAAUUUUGAUACGCACUAUUCAGUAAUUAUGGGGAGAGGUAAAACUUAUCAUAGCAUUGCUAUACUUAAUCAGUAGCAACAAUAGAUACAGACUAAAGAAUUAACCUACAGACAAUGAGCUUGUCUAUAUUAUAAUUAGAAUAUUUCUUUCAAAAACAAAUAUUAGAAACAAAAUAGCCAUAAUCAGGCUUUAAAUAGCAAUUAUAUACCAGGUAUUUAUUAGAUGUGCAUUUUUAAGGUAUGGUAUUUUGCUCUAAGGAUUGAAACUAUUCUCCAACUUAAUUUUCCAUCUUCAUUGACCCCAAACUUGACCUUGAACCUCACACUCCAGCCCAUCAACUAUGUUAGAUGGCUUUAUCUUUCCUUCCUCUCUCCUCUCUCUCCUCUUUUCUGUCUUCUGGCCACCGAGAUAUUUAAGGUUUAUGAAGUACUAUUUAUUGUGCCAAUGGCUAGUCUAUAAAGAUAAGUUAACCAUCUGUCCUUUAUCACUGCUAUUGUUGACAUCUCUGAGCAUCACCAACUGACUUAACCGUGCAUCUUUCAAGGUCGCCCAGUUCCCCAGAGCCUUGUCCUCUGGUGUUACCCGUGCCAGUGGCUGAUGAAAAUGCAGGACUUCCCACAGGUUUAUAGUUUGUGAAUGGCACUCACUCAGGUUCGGCUGCAGUGGUAGAAAUGGCAAAGGAACCAUUUGUCUUUCUUCUUCUGAAUCUAAAAUACAAGACUGCUUCCAAGUUGUCUAAAUAUUUGCAUCUUAAUAAAAUUGUAUACUACCACAUACUAGCAAUCAGCCCAAAGGGACAAAGCACAUAUAAGACCCAGGGAUCUCUGGGCUUUUCUUUUUAUUUAAACAAACCAGCAGUCAAAGCCACA